AGGAGCUUAGCUAGAGUGUGUGGGCCUUCGUCACGCCCAUCAUGUCUUUAUUUGUGGAGAGAGAGCCAAAAAGAAAAAGUCUUUGAAAGCACCAGCAGUCACACAGCAACAGGGUGAACCAUGCAAAACAAGAACAAGAGGAAGACAAGAAGAUGGAAAAACUGUAGCUCAUGUAUAGCAGACCAUUGUAACCAUGAAUGCUAUAUCACCUACAUCACUGGCUUAUACAGCUUGGAGUGGGAAAUCAAACCAGAGAAGAGAAGUAGACGUGCACUCUGCUGCUGCUCUUUGAGAGAGCGGUUAUUUUACCCAUUUUUGGUUAUUGCAUUUUGCAUAUCUGUGGUUUUGCUGUUGGUGUGGAUAGAGACCUCAAAUGAAUAUCAUGGCUUUGACUGGGUUGUUUAUCUAAUUACAAGAUACUGGUUCUUUUGGUCCCUUCUUUUGCUGAGUUUAUUUGGAAUCCUGGCUGCCUACACUGCAUUGCUAUUGGUACUUGGAUUUUUGUUGAUUUGGGAAGGCUAUGAACUCUACCUGCACUGGAGUCAUAAGAUCCUGACUAUGCUAGUGAUUGGGAUAUGCACGUUUUUUAUGACGCUUUUAUUCAAGUUCUGGAAUGACCGGUGGCUGACACUGGGGCUCUCACUGAAGAUCUUUGCUCCCUACAUACACCUGAGCAGCAUAACCGUGAUGGUUCUCCUUUCCUGGCCUGUGGCCUUCUACUUGGUCCAUUGGGAACUAGAAGCUAGAUUCAGAAGAAAGAAGAUUACACAUCAAAGGAGAGAAAGAGUCCAGAGAUGUACUAGACUCACAAAGCUGAGAGCUGUACAAGUGGCUAUUGGAUUGCCAUUUUUUCUUAUCCUUUUCUGUCUCUUUGUGGUGCCAUUGGGGAUUUAUUCUCCCUGCCUUCAGGAGAAGGAUGAAUUGGGACCCAAGCCGGGCCUCAUUGGACAUAGAGGUGCACCCAUGUUGGGGCCUGAGAAUACUAUGAUGUCCUUUGAGAAAGCUGUUGAAAAUGGGGCCUUUGCGCUGGAGUCUGACGUAUACUUGAGUUAUGAUGGGGUGCCUUUUCUCAUGCAUGACUAUGACCUGAGAAGAACAACCAAUAUCGGGGAGAUCAUGCCAAAUGCCUCCAACACAACAACUAACCUCUUCUACUGGGAUUUUCUGUCAACUCUGAAUGCUGGCCGCUGGUUUGUACAAUCACGGCUCAAACCAUUUCAUAAUAUGGAACCCUUAUCAGAGGCUGAUAGAGAAAAAGCAAGAAAUCAAAAGAUUCCUAAACUAGCUGAUUUAUUGGAACUUGCACAGAAGGAGAGAAAAUUUGUGAUAUUUGAUCUAAAUAGCCCUCCAAUAAAUCAUCCUUUCAGAAAUACGUUUAUCCAACAAGUAGUACGUGUGAUCCUUGACUCUAAAAUUGAGCAACAUCUGAUUUAUUGGCUGCCAAAUAGUGAAAGGAAUUAUGUCAAGUUGGAAGCUCCUGGUUUUCAGCAAGUAGGCCGGCUAACCCCCAUUGAAGUACUUACAAGAGAAAACAUCAGUAUAAUAAAUGUUGACUACAAGAAGUUGUUCUACAACGGGUUGAAAGAUUACAAAGAAGCUAACAUCACCAUCAACUUGUACAUCGUCAAUGAGCCCUGGCUCUUCUCGCUGGCGUGGUGCUCCAGGAUUCACUCAGUGACCACUGACAACGUUCAGCUCCUGAGGCAGAUGCAUGUCCCUUACUACCUCAUGACACCAGGUUACUAUGUGUUCAUGUGGCUUCUCCUGGAUAUUGUUUCUUUUAUUUUUAUUGUUGCCAUAUUUUAUUUCCAUUGGUGGAGAGAGAGCCAAAAAGAAAAAGUCUUUGAAACCACCAGCAGUCACACAGAUGGUGAGAGUAUAAGCCUCAAAGAGAGGAAAAGUGAGAAAGGAGAAACUUUGAAUGUGCCCCUAGACCCUGCCUCCCAAGUGAGGGCAGGCCCUCGGACUCCAGCAGCCCCCUCCGCAGGUCUGACUGGCCCCAGGAAGAAAGACAGCGAACCAAGUCUGGUCCAGGAGACCACCAAACCACUGAUGCCUACAGACAACUUUACACAACGGAUGCCCACCCAAGCACCCGCCUAUGAGGUCAACACUGAGGCCACCGUCCAACCUGCAGUGCCUGACAGCAAAUGAACCACGAUUUCCCUCCGUGGAGGUCCCUCAUCCUGAAACAGAACCCGAAAGACCCACCCCCACUAUGGAAUCCUCCCAGUAAGCCUGUUUUAUGAUGUUUUCCACCAUAUCUGGCACGCCCUGCCCUGCCCUUCUCCUGUGGGCUGUCUUCAAAGGAUUAGCCACAUCUUCUUCCUCCUCUCUGUGCCUUGUCACGGGCCUGGGCAGGAAAGGAGUGCAGGAGAGCAUUUGAGGCUCAGGAACAUGUUCUGGUCGAGCUUCUUUAUAAAGGAUGCAGUUUCAGCGCACAGGCAAGGAAAAAACAGCCGUCAUUGCAGCUGGAGCUUGUUGUUCUCUGGGUGAUACAGGGUCUGGCUCAUCCUAACCCUUCAUAGUACCCGCUGCUAACAGGGCGGCCGUGGUCAACAUCAGCAUGCGAAUAAAGGCAGCCUUUCAGGAAAUGCAGAGGUGGAUGCUGUGUUCUUCGGACCCUUCUGUGAUGACAGGCUGACAAAGACUAUGAGAUGAGUG